UUCGCAGCAAAUCCGAUUUAUUGCAAAAAGAGGGAACCACCUCACCAUUUCAUCGGACUGGCAAUCCAACUACAGCAUUGCGAACACGCGUAAAGCUUCGUUUGGGUUUGAAGAAACAAAAAACUGCCAUUCUUUCCUUUCGAUUUUCUCUAAAUUUUUAAUUGAUAAUUAUAACUUUCUUAAAUCAUAUAAUACAUACAAGAAGAAGAUAAACCCGUCUCAAAUUCUCAAAACCCAGGUUCUUCUUUGUAUGUGAUCAAAAUUUGAUUAAUCUCUCACCAUGUUAAAGAUAACAAAGCUAUUGCUGAUGAAUCUGCCUUCUGGCAUGCAAGAGAAAUUUUGAGGUAGUGAGAUGGAAAAGAAACCAAUAGAUGAUUAUGAGCCUGGUCCAGUUCCUUCGCCAAGGCCAUUGGAUAGAUUUGGGUUUGUAAAGCAGGAACCAAAUAACCCAGCUGAAGGUUUAGCAAAGAGCAGGUCCGCCCAGGAGUUUGAAAGGGAUGAAAGAAGGGUUAGAAAAUGGAGGAAGAUGAUUGGGGUAGGAGGCAGUGAUUGGAAGCAUUAUGUCAGAAGAAAACCUCAUGUUGUAAAAAGGCGCAUAAGGAAAGGAAUUCCUGAUUGUUUAAGGGGUCUUGUAUGGCAGUUGAUCUCUGGAAGUCGGGACCUUUUGCUGAUGAACCCUGGAGUAUAUGAGCAAUUAGUGAUAUAUGAGACAUCAGCUUCAGAGCUGGAUAUAAUUCGAGAUAUUUCCCGUACCUUCCCUUCGCAUGUUUUCUUCCAACAGAGACAUGGUCCUGGGCAAAGGUCCCUCUAUAAUGUUUUGAAGGCAUACUCUGUCUAUGACAGAGAUGUUGGAUAUGUUCAGGGAAUGGGUUUUCUGGCUGGUCUUUUGCUUCUUUAUAUGAGCGAAGAGGAUGCUUUUUGGUUAUUGGUUGCACUACUUAAAGGAGCUGUCCAUGCACCAAUGGAAGGAUUAUAUCUGGUGGGGUUGCCUCUGGUUCAACAAUACCUGUUUCAGUUUGACCACUUGGUGAAGGAGUUCUUGCCUAAGGUGGGGGAGCAUUUUGCUCGAGAAAUGAUAAAUCCUAGCAUGUAUGCAAGUCAGUGGUUCAUAACUGUUUUCACAUACUCUUUCCCAUUCCAUUUGGCUCUUAGAAUUUGGGAUGUCUUUCUCUAUGAGGGUGUUAGAAUCGUAUUUAAAGUUGGUUUGGCCCUAUUAAAGUUUUGCCAUGAUGACUUGUUAAAGUUACCCUUUGAGAAACUCAUUCAUGCUUUGCGUAACUUCCCCGAGGAUGCAAUGGAUCCAGAUACAUUGCUACCAAUGGCUUACUCAAUCAAGGUAUCCAAGCGUUUGGAGGAGUUGAAGCUGGAGUAUGAAAAGAAGAAUGGAAAUCGUUCUUCUGAAUUUUCUGGGAAGUCUUCAAAACAGUUGCAGUGACGAUUUUCCAAUCCAAAUGAUGAAGUCCUCUGAUCAAUGCAUACACCAAUUUUUUCAUUCUUUUGUCAUGGGGAUUGUUGUUAUUUUUACAGAAUGUUUCUAAAAUUAUAGCAAUGUCAUCCACCGGUAAAUUGUUUAUUUGCUCAAGUUAGUACCAAUAACUCCCCAUUUGUGCCAAAAGUUGAUGCGUUGGAUUUGCAAUACAAAAGUUUUUGAAAACAUUUCGGAAA